GUUAAUGGAGGAGACGGUGGGAGAGAUGUCGAGCUACAAACGAGCAACGUUUGAGGACGAUGAAGUGACAGACGUCGCCCCAGACGGUGUCGUCUCUCCAGACAGAGUAGAGAUGGGGUUCAGGAAGGGGAAACCUCGCUCUCUGGGGCCAAUGGGGAUGAGGACCCAGUUGGAGGUCAGCCUGCUGGCUGUGCUCCUGGUGGUGGUGGUCGCUCUGAUCGGCUGCGUUAUAACUCUCGGGAUCAAGUACAGCCACGAUCCUUCUCACGAUGUGUGUCUGACGGAGACGUGUAUCGUGGUGGCGGCAAAGAUCACGGAGUCUCUGGACCGGACGGUGGAGCCGUGCGAUGAUUUCUAUCAGUACGCCUGCGGGGGGUGGAUCAGGAAGAACCCGGUGCCAGAUGGCCAGUCCCGGUGGAACACGUUCAACGGUCUUUGGGACCAGAAUCAGGCCAUCAUGAAGCACCUGCUGGAGAACUCGACUUUUAACUCGAGCAGUGAGGCCGAGAGGAAAGCCCGGCGUUACUACAUGUCCUGCCUGAACGAGCAGAGAAUCGAGGAGUUGGCAGCUCAGCCUCUCAUCGACCUCAUCAAUAGGACAGGCGGCUGGAACAUCACGGGUCCCUGGGACAAAGACAACUUCAUGGAGGUGUUGAAGGUCAUCUCCGGCACCUACAAAGCUGCCCCGUUUUUCACCGUCUACAUCAGCGCCGAUUCCAAGAGCUCCAACAGCAACGUCAUCCAGGUUGACCAGUCGGGCUUGUUCCUCCCAUCUCGUGACUACUAUCUCAACAGAACAGCCAAUGGCAAGGUGCUGGAGGUGUACCUGGAUUACCUGGUUGACCUGGCUGUGCUGCUGGGAGGAGAGCGUAACUCCAGCCGCCUGCAGAUGCAGCAGAUCGUGGAGUUCGAGACGGCCCUCGCCAACAUCACGGUGCCUCAGGACGAGAGGAGGGACGAGGAGAAGAUUUACCACAAGAUGACCAUCGCCGACCUGCAGAAUCUCGCGCCGGCCAUCGAUUGGAUGGACUUCCUGACGUUCGCUCUGUCGCCCCAGGAACUGAACGACACAGAGCCUGUGGUUGUGUACGCCAAGGAAUACCUGGAGCUGGUGUCUGAGCUCAUCAAUAACACCGACAAGAGCGUUUUGAACAAUUACAUGAUGUGGAAUUUGGAGCAGAAAACGGCCGGCAAUCUGGACAAGCGCUUCGAAACCGCUGAGGAGGAGCUCAUGCAGAUUCUGUACGGCACCAAAAAGUCCUGCAAACCUCGCUGGCAGACGUGCAUCUUAAACACAGACGACACGCUCGGUUUUGCGUUGGGAGCCCUGUUCGUGAAGGCGACAUUCGACAAGGACAGCAAAGUGAUCGCAGAAGAAAUGAUCAAUGAAAUCCGGACGGCCUUUAAGAAUGGACUGGAUAAGUUGGUGUGGAUGGACGACCAAACCAGAGGAGCUGCUAAGGAAAAGGCCGACGCUAUCUAUGACAUGAUCGGCUUUCCAGACUUCAUCUUGGACGUAAAGGAGCUGGAUGACGUGUACGAUGGCUACGAAGUAUUGGAGGAUUCUUUCUUCCAAAACAUGUUGAAUUUCUACAACUUCUCAGCCAGGGUCAUGGCUGACCAGCUCCGCAAACUACCCAACCGUGACCAAUGGAGCAUGACUCCCCCCACAGUGAAUGCGUAUUACCUGCCCACCAAAAACGAGAUCGUCUUCCCGGCCGGCAUUUUGCAAGCGCCCUUCUACGCCAAAAACAGUCCAAAAUCGCUCAACUUUGGUGGCAUUGGAGUCGUGAUGGGCCACGAGUUAACACACGCCUUCGAUGACCAAGGGAGAGAGUACGACAAGGACGGCAACUUGCGUCCCUGGUGGCAGAACUCGUCAGUGGAGAACUUCAAGAACCGGACGGAGUGCAUGGUGAAGCAGUACAGCCGCUACACGGUGAACGGCGAACACGUGAACGGCAAACAGACGCUCGGCGAGAACAUCGCCGACAACGGCGGCCUCAAGGCUGCCUAUCACGCGUACACAAAUUGGGUGAGAAAGAAUGGGAAAGAAGUCCAGCUGCCUGUCAUCGAACUCACCAACCAACAGCUAUUUUUCGUCGGGUUUGCACAGGUGUGGUGUUCGGUGCGGACCCCUGAGAGCGCUCACGAGGGUUUGAUCACGGACCCCCACAGCCCGGCCAGGGUCCGAGUCAUCGGGACCCUCUCCAACUCCAAAGACUUUGCCGAACAUUUCAAUUGCCCCGUGGGGUCCCCGAUGAACCCCGGAAAGCGGUGUGAGGUGUGGUAAUCAGGCAGUGCUGGCGGGGGUGGGGUGGGGGGGCGGAGAGAAGGUUGAUUGUGUUUUUUUGGGGUGGGAGGGGGCGGGAGUGGGGGACAGCUUGUGGUUUGGUUGUCUGUCCGAACGACGUAACAUUACACACUGGAUCAUUCCCACA